GGUUCGUAAGAGAGACACGAGGGGCCAGUAACACAGGAAGGGAGGGAGUGUUCAGUAGAUCUACAGCAGGGAGGCAGCCAUUAUUAGCUACAACAUAGCAAUAGCUAACCUAGCUCGUUAGCAUUGUUGUCUGGAGUUCAGUGCAUAAAAUUUAACAAUCGCAGGUGUGCGUGCCUCAUGGGGCACUGAUGUGAAAAGCAGUGGAAGAAGGUGUGUGAAGUAUCAGAAUGGAUGGACAAACCCAAAGGAUUCAACUUGUGUCAACAGACAGCAGUAUGGCAUUAGGACACAGAAUCCAGAUUGUAACUGAUCAGCAGACUGGCCAGAAGAUCCAGAUUGUAACCGCACUUGAGCCAUCUUCCCCUGGAAAGCAGCAGUUUAUCUUAGCAAAUGCUGACUAUUCCCCUGGUGGGAAGGUGAUCCUGGCCAAGCAGGAAGGCUCACCCAACAAGGUCAUCCUCACCACUCCAGACGGUUCUGGAGUUAACCAGCUGUUGUUUGCCUCCCCUGAACUGGCUGGGCAGCAGAUUCAGUUUGUGACCGAAGGGUCAGACCAGUCUAUUGUGAAGCCAGUUGUGGAAUACUGUGUUGUCUGUGGAGAUAAGGCCUCAGGGCGUCAUUACGGAGCUGUCAGCUGUGAGGGCUGUAAGGGCUUCUUCAAACGCAGCAUUAGAAAGAACCUAGUGUACACAUGCAGAGGCUCUGGAGAGUGUGCCAUCAACAAACUUCACCGUAACCGCUGCCAGUACUGUCGACUGCAGCGCUGCAUAGCCCUGGGCAUGAAACAGGAUUCUGUGCAGUGUGAGAGGAAGCCUGUUGAAGUGACCACCCGAGAGAAGUCCCUCAACUGUGCAGCCUCCACUGAGAAAAUCUACAUCCGCAAGAACCUGUGUAGUCCUCUGGCUGCCACGCCCACUUUUGUAUCCGACAAGGAAACUGCCAGGUCUACAAGUUUGCUUGAGUCAAGCAUGUUGCUCAACAUCCAACAACCCUUCUCCAAGCUGGAAAACACCAUCUUGAUUCCAGCAUCUCCUGAAAAGCAGGAUGACCCAUCUCAAGGUGACCUCGGCACGCUGGCAAAUGUAGUGACAUCCCUCGCCCACCUCAACAAGAACCGGGAGGCAAGUGACAGUGGCAAUGAUCUGAUGGGAGCUGAAACGCUUAGCAACGGGGAUAGCUCCAUGGCAGACAUCCAAGGAGAUGACCAAACUGCAAGUGAUAUCACACGAGCUUUUGACACCCUGGCUAAAGUCCUGCACCCAGGCGAUGGCACAGCAGGAGAGUCCUUGGAAGCCACAAUGCAGCUGAUGUCAGGGAACCAAACAGGUCCUGUGGUGGAGUUGGAAGGACCUUUACUCUCUGACUGCCAUUUCCCAUUCAAGCUUAUGAUGCCUUUGCCUGUGCCAGAGUACCUCAAUGUCAACUACAUCUGUGAGUCAGCUUCCCGGCUACUUUUUCUCUCUAUGCACUGGGCACGCUCUAUCCCUGCUUUUCAAACCCUUGGUGGUCAAGACAAUGACAUUAACCUGAUGAAGGCCUGCUGGAAUGAACUGUUUGCCCUGGGCCUGGCACAAUGCUCCAGCGUUAUGAAUGUUGGUACCAUCUUAAGUGCCAUUAUCAACCAUCUGCAGACCAGCUUACAGGAAGACAAGCUGUCUCCAGAGCGAGUGAAACUAGUAAUGGAACACAUCUGGAGGAUGCAGGAGUUCUGUAACAGCAUGCUCAAGCUCUCCCCAGACUCUUAUGAAUAUGCCUACCUCAAAGCCAUCGUUCUCUUUAGUCCUGAUCACCCGGGCAUUGACAAUACCCCACAGAUAGAGCGGUUUCAGGAAAAGGCCUACAUGGAGCUGCAGGACUACGUGACCAGGACCUACCCAGAAGAUUCCUAUCGGUUAUCCAAGCUGUUGCUGCGUCUUCCUGCCCUCAGGUUGAUAAGUGCAGCUGUCACCGAGGAGCUGUUUUUCGCAGGGCUCAUUGGAAAUGUGCAGAUCGACAGCAUCAUCCCUUACAUCCUCAAAAUGGAGUCCACUGAUUAUAAUAGCCAGGCGGUCCCCGGCGUCUGACUCACAGUGCAAUUUGUGAUUGCACCACUGGACUGUGAAAACUUGACAGCCAACCAAUCAGUGUACUCCGCAGAACGAUCACUAAGUGGUCAUAACAUACUGUAUUUAUGACACAGCGUCCUAUGGGAAAUCUGUUUUUGCUUUUACCUUCCUCCUGCUUGUGACUCCUCAGUAACAAGUCAGUCGAGCACAACUCACGAAGAGGACAAAUAAAAUAAACUCCAGGCCCAUUCAGGAACGAACCCUCAAAACCUGCAUAGUAGAUUGCGCUUUUUAAUGUACAUGAUAUUUUAUGCUUCAUCGCCUCCAGGCCUUUCCUUUUGCUGCAGAUCUCUGCUUUGAAGGAAUCAUGGUGCUUUGUUUUUCACCGCUUUCCUACAUGGUCAUGUGUUUUUUAUUUUCUAAAAAUUAUGAGAAAAAAAUCUUGUUAAUAUGAAUAUGUUGUUAUUGCUAAAGGUUCUAACCUUUUAUUCCUUAUUUGUUUGCUGAUCCAAAGGAUCAGGCGUCAACACAUCUGAAGUAAUUGUGUAUAUAAAGCUGUGUAUAGAAUGCACCAAGAAGGCAAUCGUGGGCAGCACUUGGUAAUUCAUGGAUUCCAUAUUUUGGACAAUUUAAUGUGGACAGAAAAUGAUGGUUAAGUCAUUUGAAAAUAAAAACACAUUUCAGUCA